CCAUCCAUAUCAAUAAGCAGCGACAGCUAUAGCAAGCAGCAGCAACAGCGGUGGCAGCAGCAAUAACAACAGCAGCAGCAGCAGCAGCAGCUGCUAUUCCUCCGAUAACUUUUCAAUUGGAUACAACAUUUAAUAUCAGUGUAGGCAGAAGGGAAUAACAAAGGCACAAGUUGAGUGGUUUUUUUGAAGAAAAACAAAAAAAAAAAGAACCUUAAUACCAAUGUUAUUUUCAUUAUAUUAUUACAUGUUAUGAAAAUAUGAAAUUCGUUGCAAGAAGAAUUGAGGAAUGAAGCGGCGGCAGAAAUUUUGGUUGUAAGUUUUUAGAGAAACUUAGCUUAGCAAUGCAAGCUGCUUCUGAUGUUUGGACGCUACAUUGGAAUUAACCACAGAAUGACUUCAUCAGAGAGAUGUCCAUUCUUUCAAUUAAAACGGCUUGAUAUAAUGUGAUGCGUGCUGAUGUCGAGCAGAGUGGUGAAGAUCAGGUGUGGGAUUGUUGCAGAAUGAUUGAUUCCUAAUUAUUCUGAGAAACAUCGACAAGAAUAAUGUUUGCACAGAUUUGUGUGUUUUUUGCACUUUUACACACCUCGAAGUGUGUAGACUUCACAUUCUAUGUAAAAGAGGGCAGAAGACCAAAUACAUUCAUUGGAGAUGUAUCAAUGAAUAUGCAACUAAUGGACAGUGUUCCUGCCACAGACAUUAGUUCAACUUGGUUUAGCCUUCUUCAACAUGAUACAGCAAGUGACCACCAGUUAUUCAAUAUAUCUCGGAAUGGUAAACUUUUCACUGCUAGAACAUUGGAUGCAGAGAGCCUCUGCAAAUAUAACACUGAGUGUUACAAAACAUUAGAUGUUGCUGUACAAAAGAAGAAGACAUUUCUCAAGAUCUUGGAGAUAAGAGUGAUUAUACAAGAUGUCAAUGAUCAUACCCCAGUAUUUUCAGUAAAACAAGUUGACAUAGAAUUUUCUGAGAGAGACAGUAAAGGUUCUAGUAUCUCAAUACCAAAUGCCAUUGAUGAAGACGUUGGUGUUCUAAAUUCCCAAAUUACCUAUCAACUGAAAAAGCAUUCAAAUGAACCAUUUAUGUUGUCAGAAUCAAAAAAAGUUGAUGGCACGGCAAAACUUGGAAUCAUUUUGGAAGAGAAACUUAAUCGAGAAGUUAAAGACACAUACCAUGUUCAAGUUAUUGCUAAAGAUGGGGGAACCCCAACAAAACAGAGUGUUUUAAAUGUUAAAAUAUUUGUCACAGAUGUCAAUGACAAUUCACCUGUGUUCAAUCAAGAUAUCUAUAAUGUUUCAAUUAAAAGUUCUCACCAGAAAAACAUCCCAGUUGUGGUUGUAUCUGCAAAAGACUUAGAUGCAGGCAAAAACGGCCGAAUAUUGUAUACAUUUAGUUCAAAAUCUUCGGAUACUUCUAAUAUUCCUUUUGAAUUAAAUAAACACACUGGGGAAUUAUUUUUACAUGACAGCUUCACUCCAGUUAAAAAACAGACGUAUAAAUUGUUCAUUGAAGCCAAAGAUGAAGGGAUACCACCUUUAAGUUCAACUACAAUGGUUGUAUUAACAAUAAAUGAUCAGAUGAACAUAGCACCUAAAAUAGAUGUAAGCUUUGUGUCUGCAUCAUCAAAAAAUGCAGCAGCUAUUUCAGAAGAAACAGAGAUUGGUAGCUUUGUUGCAUUUGUGAAAGUUACAGAUAAUGACAUUGGCCCUAAUGGAGAGGUCAGCUGUGAACUACAUCAUGAUAAAUUCAGGCUUCAAAGUCUUGGUGGAAAGAAAUAUAAAUUAACAAUAAAAAGCCUGGUUGAUAGAGAAACUGAGAGACAAAUUGACAUAACAAUUACAUGUCAAGACAGAGGUUUACCACCAUUACAGACUAAGACAAAUGUCUCUAUCCAAGUGAUGGAUAUUAAUGAUGUAAAGCCUCAGUUUUCUAAAGAUACAUUUAGAUUUUUGAUUUAUGAGAAUGAGAAGCCAAACUUUCCUGUUGGUUUAAUCAAUGCUACUGACCCUGAUCUUGACUCUGGUGGUCAAUUAUCAUAUUCUUUAUUUGCUAAUAAUAAAAAUAAACUUCCAUUUUCAAUAACAGAUUUUGGUUUUAUUUCAACUACUCAGACAUUAGAUCGUGAACUUCAAAGUGUCUAUAGAUUUAAAGUUUUAGUCAAAGACAAUGGAACACCAUCAUUAAACAACACUGCAAAUAUCAUGGUGGAAGUAAUGGACGAAAAUGAUAAUGCUCCGUAUUUUAUUUUCCCUCAAGUCAAUCCAUUCCGCCUUGAUGUCCACUACCAUCCACGGAAUAAAAACAAUAUUACAGUUUUGCGAGCCUCUGAUAAAGACAAUCAGGAAAAUGCUUUUCUUCGAUAUGGAAUAUUAGAAGGUAAUGACAGACAGCUAUUUACAAUUAAUACUUAUACUGGAGCUGUUUCAUUCUCACGUGUGAUCUUCCAAAGAGAUGCAGGAGCCUAUAAUAUUGUGUUUGUUGUCAGGGACAGUGGUACUCCAGUUUUGUCAGCCACCACUACUCUGUCUUUGACAUUGUCUGUCAGUAAUAAAACAGCUACUAUGCUAACUGCACUCGAUACAGAACCAACAGAUCGCAUACAUAUCAAUUUAGUGAUCAUAAUUGUUCUCGCUGCAGUUACUGUGUCAGUUGUUAUGGUGAUAUCAAUUACAAUUUGUAUUUUACGAAGGAACAAUGAAAGACAUACAGAAUUCUGUGCAGAAAUUGACCCUUCAAAUAAAAUUUUGAAUGAAUCAAAUCAGCUAAAAUAUUUUUGUGAAAAGUUAACUCCUCAAUCGGAUCCCUCAAUUGCUAUAGUAGACGUAGGCAAGAGCAGGAGUCAUAUGCCAAUACGCCCAAGUGAAGAGUUGCCAUCAAGAUAUGAGACAAAUCAUAAUAGAUUAGAAGCUCCACUUGGAAUACCUUGUCAAGAUACUUCAGAGAUGACACAACAGAUGAGUGUUAAAAAGACAGCUGGGAUAUCAGGCAGUCUGAAAGAUAGGAAAACUGCAGUUAAUUCCCCUUACCGCUCUAGUGAAAUGUCUAUGGUAUCUUGUGCUGAUGGUAGACAUGGCUGGAGUGAGGGAGACACAGGAUACUAUGAAGAACUUCCAGAUGUCUAUUCCUGCAAAUUUCAACAUCUUCAAAAUGUAGAUAAAAACUCAUUUGUACAAACACUAAAUUACCCAUCAGACAUCGGUAGCAGACAUGUUUACCAUCCAAGUAUUAAGAAAAAUUUACACAGCAAUGAAAUGGGAACUCACAGUAUCAACACAACUACACAACCUUGGAAUUUACCAAUGAGAAACAGUUUUACAUCAUAUACAAAGCCAUUACCAGCAGUUCCCAAGUUACCAUAUUCAUGAAACUGUGUCGGUGUCUUUGAUGUAAAUUUGUGUGUGCAUGUGUGUAUAUAUAUGUGUGUGUGUGAGUGUGUGUGUGUAAAUAUAUAUAUAUAUAUA